GUUGUAUAAUCAGGCAACAUGGCCGCGUCCAUGAGACUGCUGGUCCGGAGGGCGAUCCGUCUUACUCACAGAAACAUUAACGUAACCACUGCGGGGGCUUCAGGUCAAACGGGCUGCUGUUGUUUCAGCGAUGCAGCCGGAGACAGAAGUACACAUUUUGGUUUCGAAACGGUGCCAGAGACCGAAAAGGCGAAGAGAGUGUAUAAGGUGUUUGAGAAUGUGGCACAGAAGUAUGACGUCAUGAAUGACGCCAUGAGCCUGGGGGUCCAUCGCUUGUGGAAGGACAUGCUGCUGCAUGUGAUGCAUCCGCAGCCAGGGGUGCGGCUCCUUGAUGUUGCGGGAGGGACAGGUGACAUUGCCUUCCGUUUCCUGGAGUAUGUUCGCUCUCAGCAAGAGCGGCAGAGGAGAAGAGCGACACGGUCCAUGCAGACGCCUUCAUGGCAGGACAUUUCUGAUAACUAUUCCAAUGAGAACGGGGAGGAGUCUAAGGAAUCCCGUGCUGUGGUUUGUGACAUCAACAAAGAGAUGCUGAAAGUGGGCAAGCAGAAAGCCGACAGCAUGGGGAUGGGCACUGGUCUGUCGUGGGUGGUUGGGGAUGCAGAGGAGCUGCCUUUUGAUGAUAAUCAAUUUGAUAUUUACAGCAUCGCUUUUGGAAUACGAAACGUCACGCAUAUAGAGCAGGCACUGCAGGAGGCUCUGCGGGUCCUGAAGCCUGGUGGAAGGUUCAUGUGCUUAGAGUUCAGCAAAGUUACAAAUCCUGUUUUGGCAAGGCUUUAUGACGCUUACAGUUUCCAGAUGAUCCCAGUUUUGGGAGAAGUGAUCGCUGGAGACUGGAAGUCUUACCAGUAUCUGGUAGAAAGCAUCCGCAAGUUCCCUGACCAGGAGGAGUUUAAAGGAAUGAUUGAGGAUGCAGGGUUCUACUGUGUACAAUACUACAACCUCACUGGUGGCGUUGUGGCUCUCCACUCUGGUUUCAAGUUGUGAGAUGCACCUUGUAAAAAAAACAAAGCUACUAAGAAAAGAUUGGCUCUAAGUUUCAGGCUUUUCUGCCCAAAGGACAAACUGUCUGCUGAGAAAUCAUUUAUAGAUUUGUGACUCCUCUCUGCACAAUGACAAAGUCAGAAGUAACUGUAUUUAUUGAAAGUUUCUUCCCUGUUUUCGGCUUACCUAUCAAUUUUGAAAACUGCACUUAAUACUGAUAGAAGUGUAAAGAAAGCAACAACCACACUUAUGGUGCUUUCAUAAUAGCACUGAAUUUUUCACUCAGACUUUAUGAAAGUUGCUCCUGCCAGACCCCUGGUAUAUUUUCUGCAGAAAGUCCAGGAGAACAACCGCAGACUGUUCACGCUUGACGGUUAUGAUAUCUGUUCUCCAUCAUGUUCUUCUCCUCUCUUUUUUUCGAUAUUGUGAUUCUGUUGAGCAUAGCAUUGAUAAAGGUGCAUGUCUGAACAACCAGAUCAGGUGGAAUUCAGGGGCAGUCUGAGGGAAAUUCUCCAGAAAUGUGCGGAUGGGAAAACAGCUGACAUAAGAUUUCAGAACCUGUGGUGUCGGUAUGAAGCCAACUUGCCAUGAGUGAAAUCAUCAGUAAAGAAGCUUUUGAAUAUUUUUUGUAAAUGAAUAAUAAAAUAUUUAAAACUUGAAA